ACGUUACUUUCAACAUCAUAACCACUUUGUGGAGGAGUCACAUAAAAGAGCGCACACCAUGGGGAUUGGUGGUCACAAGGGAAGGUUCUAACUACUAUUCUUAGAUUUUAUUUCUUUUUCUCCCCCUUUCCCCCAUAAGUACUUCUAGGUUAGGUUGAGUUCAGUUCAAUUCUUUCUGGCACGCCUCAUCGUGCGUUUGGUCGUUUGCUUAAGAAAAGUUGCUGGCGGCUCAGGCGCGUUGACUACUGCUGGAGGGAAACGAGGCAGGAUGAAUCAUGAAGAGACGGCUUCUCUACACAAGCCACGCUAUGGAACCAUUCAGGACGAUGAGAGACUGUCAGCGGAGGAGAUGGAUGAGAGGAGGCGGCAGAACAUCGCCUACGAGUACCUGUGUCAUCUGGAGGAGGCCAAACGAUGGAUGGAAGCCUGCCUGGAAGAAGAGCUGCCCACCACCACAGAAUUGGAGGAGGGCCUGAGGAAUGGUGUCUACCUUGGCAAACUUGCCAACUUCUUUGCCCCCAAAAUGGUGACCAUCAAAAGAAUCUAUGACAGGGAUCAAUCUCGGUACAAGAGUAAAGGACUGCACUUCAGGCACACUGACAACACAGUCCAGUGGCUCAGGGCCAUGGAGUCAGUGGGUCUACCUAAGAUAUUCUACCCAGAAACGACAGAUGUGUACGAUCGCAAAAACAUGCCCAAGGUGGUAUACUGCAUACAUGCACUAAGCUUGUACUUGUACAAACUAGGCAUUGCACCCCAGAUCCAGGACCUAUUAGGGAAGGUGGCAUUUACAGAGGAAGAGAUCAGUAACAUGAGGAGUGAACUGGACAAGUAUGGUAUUCAAAUGCCAGCUUUUAGUAAAAUUGGAGGAAUCCUGGCCAAUGAGCUCUCAGUGGAUGAAGCAGCAUUGCACGCGGCUGUAUUUGCAAUCAAUGAGGCAAUAGACAGGGGGCAGGCAUCUGUGACCAUGUCAGCCCUGACAAAUCCAAACGCUGUGCUGAGGAACACCCAGGAAGCCAUGGCACAAGGCUACCAGGACACGUUGAGCCAGGCCAAGACCAGUAAACAAGAUCGGUCCUCGGCGAGUUACUCCACAUUAGGCACUCAGGAACGAGAUGUUUAUGAGGAGCUGCUGACACAGCAGGAGAUCCAGAGCUGCAUAGACUUUGUCAACAUCCAAGCAGCAGUAAGGCAGGUGAAUCAUGCAGUGCGCACCCAGGAUGAAGCUUCUCUUUUGGCUGCACUCAGGCUUCCAGCGCUGUCCCUGCGUGGUGUGCAGAAUGUGAACCAUGGCUGGUACCUGGAGCAUUUUACCACCUAUUGUCUGCACAAAUCCAAGGAUGAAGACAAAGGAGUUCUGGUGGAUCAGAAUGAGAUUCAAAGAGUUGUCACCUCUUGCAAUGACUUUGCAGAGGCUGAAAGACGAAAGCUUGAGGCCGUUUCAGCCAUCAACACUGCCAUUCGUCUUGGCGACGCAGCGGCGACGGCCGAGGAGCUCAUGAACCCCGAGGCUCAACUGUCUGUUGUCUACUCGACAGCUGCCACUCUCUAUCAGAAUGAGCUUUUUAGUUUGCAACUGCAAAGUGGGAAGUCUGGCCUGAGCCAUGAGGAAUUGAGCGUGGCUGUGGAAAUGCUGUCAGCUGUAGCUGUGCUCAAUGAGGUUCUGGACACCAAAGAUUCACAGGCUGUCAUCGAGCAGCUAACAGACUCACCUCUGGGUUUCACAAACAUGGACCAAGACAACCUAAUUAGGUAUGCUGACACCCUAACCGAGCAGCGGGUGGCGUCUCUUGCGACUGGCCAAGAGUUCCUCACUUGGAAUGAUGUUCAAAAAUGCAUUGACGCCGUCAACCUUCAGGUCGCUGAAGAGCACGAACGAAUCAUAGCAAUAGCAGAGAUCAAUGAGGCAUUGAACUCUGGUGAUCAUCAGCAGACACUUGCAGCCUUGCUCCUCCCUACUGCCAAGUUGACAGCGGUGAACCCCGUCACAUCCAAACACUACCACGAUGUUCUACUCUGUACCAAACAAUGCCUCUGCCAGACCUCGGGAGAUGAAUCCGCUGUGCUGUGGCUGGACCAAAUCCAAGAGGUCAUACAUGCAGCCAACCAAGAUGCAGAAGAAGCUCUCACAAUGGCUGAAGCAGUAGCUGACAUUAACAAGAUGGUGGCAGAGGGCGAUUCCCAGAAUACACUGCUGGCUCUGCAAUCCCCAAAUGCAAGGCUGAGAGACGUGCUCGUAGAAUGUGCUGAAACGUACCAGGCCGAACUGGCGCAAACGCAACAAACAAUUGCACCUGAAGGUGGCAUCGAUAGUGUGUGGGUGAAACAUUGCGUAAAUGACAGAUAUGAUUACUAUUAUAAUCUGGAGACUGGACACGGUGCCUGGGAGGAGCCCGAAAACUUUGAACACAAUAGUGGCCACCUCAGUAAAGAGGAAAUUCAGAGUGUCGUCAGUUGUGUGACUGCAGAAUAUAACCGGGAACAAUUGUGGUUGGCCAACGACUGCUUGGUAGCGCAGCUGCAGGCGAGGAUGCGAGGUUUUCUGGUGAGGCAAAGGCAUGCUCAGAGGAUGGAGUACCUGCGGCAGCAAGAACCGCACAUCAUUCGACUGCAGGCAUGCUGGAGAGGUUACAAACAGAGGAAAAUAUACAGGAACAGAAUAAAAAUGCUUCAUCGAAAUGUUAGCUCAAUUGUCAAGAUUCAGUCAUUUGUUAAAAUGUGGAAAGCCAAGCGUGCAUACAAUGAACGUUUGCAAUACUUUAAAGAUCACGAGAAGGAAGUUGUCACCAUCCAGGCUUUUGUAAAGGCCAAUAAAGCAAGAAAUGACUAUAGAACCCUGACCGGGGCCACAGACCCGCCUCUAUCAGUCGUGCGCAAGUUUGUCCACUUGCUGCAGCAGAGCGCUUUGGAUUUGCAGGAGGAACAGGAAGUGACGCGGCUCAAGGAGGAAGUGGUCACCAGGAUUCGCUCAAACCAGCAGAUGGAGCAAGAUUUGAACCUGAUGGACAUCAAGAUUGGAUUGCUGGUGAAGAACAGAAUCACGCUGCAGGAUGUUGUGACUCAUAAUAAGACAAUGAAGAAUAUGAAAAAUCAAGCAAGUAAUGAUGACCUGGCCACAGCAGAUAAACUGGGAAUAAAAGGCCUAAGUAAAGGAAAACGGAAAAAACUGGAGGCCUAUCAACAUCUUUUUUACCUCCUUCAGACCAAUCCGUCCUACUUGGCUAAGCUCAUCUUCCAAAUGCCCCAAAACAAGUCUACAAAGUUUAUGGACACUGUCAUCUUCACCUUGUACAACUAUGCCUCCAACCAGCGAGAAGAAUAUUUGCUGCUUAAACUCUUCAAAACUGCUCUUGAAGAAGAAAUCGGGUCGAAGGUUGACCAAAUUCAGGACAUUGUGACAGGAAAUCCCACAGUCAUCAAGAUGGUGGUGAGCUUCAACCGAGGAGCACGGGGCCACAACUCUCUGCGUCAGCUUUUGGCUCCUGUGGUCAAAGACAUCAUUGACGACAAAAAUCUCGGGAUCAACACCAACCCAGUAGAUGUUUACAAAGCUUGGGUCAACCAGCUGGAAACGGCCACUGGAGAAGCCAGUAAAUUGCCUUAUGAAGUGACUUCGGAGCAGGCCAUGUCACAUGAGGAAGUCCGCAAAAGGCUGGAGGCUUCCAGUCUGGCACUUCGCUCUGCAACAGAUAAAGUCCUCAACUCCAUUGUGUCCUCUCUGGAUAAUAUUCCUUAUGGCAUGCGAUACGUCGCCAAGGUUCUGAGGAACUGCCUCCACGCAAAGUUUCCGGAUGCAUCAGAAGAUGAGCUGCUAAAGGUAGUUGGCAACUUGCUUUACUACCGUUACAUGAAUCCUGCCAUCGUAGCUCCCGACGGAUUCGACAUUAUUGACCUGUCGGCGGGAGGGCAGCUCCAUGUGGAUCAGCGACGCAAUCUGGGAUCUGUGGCCAAGAUGCUCCAGCAUGCGGCCGCCAAUAAGCUGUUUGAGGGCGAGAAUGCGCACAUGACGCCUAUGAACGACUUCAUCUCGCAGACGUACGAGAAGUUCCGGGUGUUUUUCCAGUCAGCCUGCGAUGUCCCCGAACCCGAGGAGAAGUUCAACAUUGAUGAAUACUCAGACAUGGUGACCCUGAGCAAGCCUGUUAUCUAUAUCUCAAUAGAGGAGAUAAUCAAUACGCACUCACUCCUCUUGGAACAUCUGGACGCCAUCUCACCAGACCUCAACGACCUGUUGCGUGAGCUCCUGCAGGAUUUGGGAGAUGUCCCUGACGUUGAGACAUUACUUGGUGAGGGAGCCGUUCAUGGCAAUGACACCAACAGGGAUAGUGUCCUCAACCAGCUGGCCAAGACCGAGAUCUCCCUCACCCUGACCAGCAAGUUUGAGCUACUUGAAGGGGAUGACAAAGACUUGAAGACUCUUAUGACAAAGACAAAGAAACUAAUAGUAGAUGUGAUCCGAAUUCAACCUGGAGAGACAUUGUCUGAAAUUUUAGAGACCCCAGCCACAGUGCCUCAGGAGUCGGAGCAUGCCAAGAUAGCUGUGUGGCGGGUGGUCCAGGACGCUCAGACCCCCGACGGUCUAAAGAGCAGCCCUGCCCUGCUGGAGGACAGCCAGCUCCCCCUUGAGCAGAAGAAGCGCAAGAUCCUGCGGAAUCUUCGUAACUUGGAGCAGGCCAACCUUGUCACUGACACAAACAAAUAUCAAGACAUCAUCAGUGACAUUGCUAAGGAUAUUUGCUGCCAAAGACGCUACCGUCAAAGGAGGAAGGCCGAUCUCGGUAAGCUCCAGCAGACGCUCGUGGCGCUCAAUUCGAAAACAACCUUCUACCAGGAGCAGAUGAAUUAUUAUGACACCUACAUCAAGACAUGCCUGGACAACCUGAACCGCAAGAAUUCACGCAGAUCCAUCAAAGUGGACAAAGACGAAAAGGGCAGCAAAAAAGGGAAGCCACAAUCUUUGAAGUACACCGCCGCAAGGCUACAUGAGAAAGGAGUCAUUCUGGAGAUCGAAGGGCUUCUGAUCAACCAGUUCAAAAAUGUCACGUUUGAAAUUUUACCAACUGAGGAAGUUGGGAAUUUUGAGGUGAAAGCCAAGUUUAUGGGUGUUGAGAUGGAAAAAGUUGAGCUUCAUUUCCAGGACCUUCUGCAGCUACAAUACGAAGGCGUGGCUGUUAUGAAGAUGUUCGACAAAGCUAAAGUAAAUGUGAACUUGCUCAUCUUCCUCCUAAAUAAAAAGUUCUAUGGAAAAUGAAUGAAAAUAGGGAAGCUAGGAAAUUGUGCCUCAUGACAGCAAUCGGUUUGUUCAUCAAAAUCAAGGUUGUCAGAAAAUGCACAUGUAGUACUAUUUUUUUUCUUCUCUCCAAAUAAUUUAAUGAAGCUGUUUAUUUCUUUUUUGGGGAGAGCAAGAUUUAAUGUAUUUUAAUUAGAAAGGUAUUCUCAUUUCCUUUAUAGAGAAACACUAUUGUUUUGUUGUCCCUUGUAUGUUGCUUAAGCAGUUACAUCAAAAGGUCGUUCCUCUCUUGGCUUGUUAAAAUGUUGAAGUUCACCAGUGCCUUUUUAAUCAAAACAUCCAAAGCAUAUUUUAAUUAAUAAAAAUUUUAAAUCCUGCAA